AUGAUCUCUUCACGCCAUUUACUCUUUUUUGGCACCGCGUGGUGCCAAUUCGUCGCCAGCUCCCUUGCUGCCACUACCGACAACACAUCGAUUAGUGGCUGCGACGAGAACACAGACUUUGGACCUCCAUUCAACUCUACAGGCACCGUCUCUUUCGUGACCCAAGACUUUACGCACAAUGAUGGCAAGCCAUGGUACUUGUCUGUAGGUCUCAAGGACAAGCGCGACACAAGCGCUGCCUACCCGGGCACGCAGACGGUCACGGGCUACCUCAGUGUACCCGGCGACUUUGUCACCGGCUCUGUUACAAAGAAUACGACACGGUUGUGCGUGUAUCAUCUAGGACAGCGGAAUGCAACAGCCUCACGGGACGGCUCAUGUAAUGGCGUGCUAGACGACGCGUGCGCCAAAUACAUCCACAACUUCCAGCAGGAUUCGGAACGCCAUGAGGGUGAAUGUCCCCUGCUAUCGGCCGAUGAAGCUUGCGGAAGCACUAUUUUUCAGCUAGCCGCCCCAAUGAUCUUGCAAAGCAGCAAUUGCUCAGCCAGCGCGCAUGCCGCAUUAGCAGGAGUGCCCGACGCAUACAACAGCCAAGCGAUCUUUGACUUGGCAUGGCCCUACGGAGACAGCAAGAUCGACUCUUUUACGGCAUAUGACGCGCAUGCGUGGCAGCCGAAUCCUGUGCUGCUCGUCUUUGGCACGAAGCAGGACCAGGAAAAGGACGACGUCGUCAUGUGGGAUAGCAAGCUGCUCUGUAUGGUGCCCGUCAAUGUCACGGCCUGA